AUGUCUAUUCUUCAUAUCUCAUGUCCAUGUCUAUUCUUCAUAUCCAUGUCCAGCCAUCCAUGUCUAUUCUUCAUAUCUCAUGUCCAGCUAUUUUGCAUAUCCUCCAUGUCUAUUCUUCAUAUCUCAUGUCCAGCUAUUUUGCAUAUCCUCCAUGUCUAUUCUUCAUAUCUCAUGUCCAGCUAUUUUGCAUAUCCUCCAUGUCUAUUCUUCAUAUCUCAUGUCCAGCUAUUUUGCAUAUCGUCCAUGUCUAUUCUUCAUAUCUCAUGUCCAGCUAUUUUGCAUAUCGUCCAUGUCUAUUCUUCAUAUCUCAUGUCCAGCUAUUUUGCAUAUCCUCCAUGUCUAUUCUUCAUAUCUCAUGUCCAGCUAUUUUGCAUAUCCUCCAUGUCUAUUCUUCAUAUCUCAUGUCCAGCUAUUUUGCAUAUCCUCCAUGUCUAUUCUUCAUAUCUCAUGUCCAGCUAUUUUGCAUAUCCUCCAUGUCUAUUCUUCAUAUCUCAUGUCCAGCUAUUUUGCAUAUCCUCCAUGUCUAUUCUUCAUAUCUCAUGUCCAGCUAUUUUGCAUAUCCUCCAUGUCUAUUCUUCAUAUCUCAUGUCCAGCUAUUUUUGCAUAUCCUCCAUGUCUAUUCUUCAUAUCUCAUGUCCCUAUUUUGCAUAUCGUCCAUGUCUAUUCUUCAUAUCUCAUGUCCAGCUAUUUUGCAUAUCGUCCAUGUCUAUUCUUCAUAUCUCAUGUCCAGCUAUUUUGCAUAUCCUCCAUGUCUAUUCUUCAUAUCUCAUGUCCAGCUAUUUUGCAUAUCGUCCAUGUCUAUUCUUCAUAUCUCAUGUCCAGCUAUUUUGCAUAUCGUCCAUGUCUAUUCUUCAUAUCUCAUGUCCAGCUAUUUUGCAUAUCGUCCAUGUCUAUUCUUCAUAUCUCAUGUCCAGCUAUUUUGCAUAUCGUCCAUGUCUAUUCUUCAUAUCUCAUGUCCAGCUAUUUUGCAUAUCCUCCAUGUCUAUUCUUCAUAUCUCAUGUCCAGCUAUUUUGCAUAUCCUCCAUGUCUAUUCUUCAUAUCUCAUGUCCAGCUAUUUUGCAUAUCGUCCAUGUCAUUCUUCAUAUUCAUGUCCAGCUAUUUUGCAUAUCCUCCAUGUCUAUUCUUCAUAUCUCAUGUCCAGCUAUUUUGCAUAUCCUCCAUGUCUAUUCUUCAUAUCUCAUGUCCAGCUAUUUUGCAUAUCCUCCAUGUCUAUUCUUCAUAUCUCAUGUCCAGCUAUUUUGCAUAUCCUCCAUGUCUAUUCUUUCAUAUCUCAUGUCCAGCUAUUUUGCAUAUCGUCCAUGUCUAUUCUUCAUAUCUCAUGUCCAGCUAUUUUGCAUAUCCUCCAUGUCUAUUCUUCAUAUCUCAUGUCCAGCUAUUUUGCAUAUCCUCCAUGUCUAUUCUUCAUAUCUCAUGUCCAGCUAUUUUGCAUAUCCUCCAUGUCUAUUCUUCAUAUCUCAUGUCCAGCUAUUUUGCAUAUCCUCCAUGUCUAUUCUUCAUAUCUCAUGUCUAUUUGCAUAUCCAUGCUCUAUUCUUCAUAUCUCAUGUCCAGCUAUUUUGCAUAUCCUCCAUGUCUAUUCUUCAUAUCUCAUGUCCAGCUAUUUUGCAUAUCCUCCAUGUCUAUUCUUCAUAUCUCAUAUGUUCCUUCUGCCAUAAGACCAAUCCCUCAUGGCCCAGACCUUCCUGUUCCUGAGCCAGAUGGUAACAUGGAAUAUAGUUCUGAUUCCAAACAUAGUGACUUGACUGUUGUAGCUGGGGAUGAUGCAUACAAGCCAGAAGAGGAUGACCAACCAGCACCCUUGACACAAGCAGAAAGGACCUGA